AUGUCAGGGCUAAUGGCCACUAUCCAAGCUGCCGUGCAUAUUGCCAUUACGAGCCAAAAGAUUCAGUUUACAACAAAAGACGAUACUCACUAUCACGGACUUCUAGCCAGCUGUUUUCUUCUUUCGCUUUUGAUCCUGCCUAUGGUUAAACGCCGAGUUUACGAGAUUUUCCUGCCGACAGCGGGAAGGGCGCGUAUAUAUGUUCUGGUAUGUCUUGGUGCUUCCGUGACAACUGGAGUGCUCCAACUCCUUCGCAUCCUCUUCCGGAAUAUAGUCUUUGGGAGGAAGUCCGUGCGGAUAAGCAUCAAACCACAUGCAGAGGACAUAGUAUGCGCUGAGCUGCGUCUACCGCGGCCGUGGACGGUGCGUGCUGGUGAACGAGUCACUCUUGGGGUGCCAUCUGUUGGUCUUUUCUACCUUUUCCAGGCCCACCCGUUCAGCAUUACUUGGUGGGAAGAAAACGAUGAGGGCAAAGCAAGCGCCGUGUUUUUGCUUUUCCGUGCUCGGACUGGAUUCACACGGAAGGCUCUAAACUGCCUGGAGCCGGACCGGGAAUACUGGGCAUGGAUUGAUGGGCCUUUUGGUCCAUCCUCAGUCCAUCAAUGCGGUAGCACACGAGACCUGGGCGAUUACGGACACAUCCUCAUGGUUACUACUGGCAUUGGAAUUGCUGCUCAGCUCCCCUACAUGAAAGAGCUACUGCAAAGGCGUCGAGAGGCGGGUGUACGUACACGGAGAAUCUCUCUCGUGUGGCAGUUGGAUCAAACUGGAGACUACGAGUGCGCAAGGGACUGGCUCCAGUACUUACUCAAACAAGACGAUGGAUAUAUGUUAAAUUUUUCCGUGUACGACCCGCUUGGCAAAAGCCAGGACACUAGAAAAUUUGGGCACCACGAAUUGAUUACCGUCUACAGCGGCAAAGUGGACUGGACACAGGUGCUGACAGAAGAAAUGCAGAAGCGAAAGGGAAAAAUACUGUCUCCGCACAACGUCGGGUUCGCAUAA